UCCUUCCCUCACGCCACACUCCUUCUUACCUGGUUCCAGCCGACAUCAUGAAGUUCCUGCUUGCGCUCGUGGCUCUGCCCGCCGCCAUCCUGGCCGCCCCCGUCGCCGACGCUGCCACUGCCAACCCUCCUGGGUUUCUCAUGGACAGCCUGAAGUGCACCUGCCAGAACCCCGCGACUAACGCAACAAAAUCGGACAGCCUCUGCGCCAACGUGCUCGGCGAGCCCGAGACCGAAUCUUCCUCAAAGGGAAGCUGGUGCUAUCGCCGGUUCAACCUCACCCCGCAGAUGGACCAGCUGUUCACGGACGAGGCCUGCACGCGCUUCUUCCAAGGCAACUUUAGCAAGGCCGUUUGCGCCCCCGUCAAGCUCUGCGACAAGGACCAGGGGCCGGACCGGCAUGGUAUCCAAUACUACAAGGUUUGUGGCAGGUAA